CUCGUUUUACAGCAACACAAUAAUACUGGAAGAACAGGUCCCUAUAAAUACUAUAGCCUUCCUCUUCCAGUAGUUAAAGAAGACCAUAGCUUACCUCCAGUCCCAGUAGAUAGACACACUCUCUCAGUAUCAGCCCUACUCUUUUCUUGAAGCUUUUCUCCUCUCUCUCUCUCUCACCUUCUCUGAUAAAGACUCCAUUUAAAAGUGAAGCUAUUCCAGAGACAGGGAAGCAUGGAUUGUAAAGUCUUGCUCAUUUCUUCUAACCUUGGCUCAGUUUUUGAAGAACCUUCCAUAGAAAAGAAGUGGCUUGCAGAGUUCAAUAGAAUGGCAGUGGAGAAUACUCCGGACAUUAUUGCCCUACACUGUCAGGAAAUUGGUGGGAAGGAUUUUGGGGUCACAAUGCCGAUGGUGUUUGAGUUUGUUCGGAAAAUCAGAGAGCUACCUGGACUGACAUUAUUUGACAGAGUCCGCACGUUCAUGGAUACUGAUUUCAGCAUUGCUGAUCAAUUCACGGCUCUUGGUAAUUUUUACUUCUUUCACUCGAGACUAGGAUCUGUCAAGAUUUGGAAUUUUAGUCGCAAGGAGUUUGAAGUUGUACAGAAAGAAUCAUUACCAGUGACACAGAGUAAAGGUGCUCAGCUAAAUCAGGCAUUACAAAAUGAUCCUUGUCAUAUAAAGGAAAGAUAUCCCAAUGAAUUUUAUCCAACUGUGAGGUGGUCCAGAAAGGGUUAUCUUGCUACUAGGUGGUCGGUUAACGGUUACAAUUUCAGUUUGGCUAACGUGCACUUAUUUCACGACGAAGAUAAUUUAGUCGCUUUAGAACAAUCACCUUCGUGUUACAGUCAAUAUAGAAAUCGUGCAUUGAAGUACACAACUGAGAGACUAUCACAUCUGUUAGUAGGUUCUGAUCCUUUCUUUAUGUUUGGUGACUUCAACUUCAGAUUAGAUUUUCCAGCUGUCAUUAAGCACAUGGCGACACAGUAUCAUCAGCCUCAGUUUAUAAGGAGUGACAAUGGGAGCUUAGAGAAAGUUGUGUAUCGGAAUCCUCUCUCAUCCGAUGAGAAGGAUAGCCUCUCUAUAGAAAGAAGGAAGUUCUUCAGCAACUCACACUGUACCUUAUUCACUGAUAAAUACACAGAGUUAUUACAGUAUGAUAAGGAGCUCUCACAUUUCAAAGAGUUCAGAGAAUUGCCCAUACACUUUCAACCAAGCUACCCAUUUAGUGAAGAUGCUUCAGUAAACAAUGAAUACAUGGAAAAAAGAUGCCCGGGCUGGUGUGAUCGCAUUGUUAUGAAUGGGCCGGCAAUGGAACUAGUAAAAAAGAGCUCCAUUACUCCUGUAUAUGACCUAAUGGGCAGAGAAGUAUGCACUGGAGAUCACAAGCCUGUCUAUCUCUCAUUCAGUUUUAAAAUCUCAGACAAUGAUACCUCCUAUCCCCAACCACCAGAAGACCAAAGGCAGCCAUUAGCACAAGCUCUUGGUAUGACUGCCCUCCACCAGCUUCCAGUCCUACUCUCCUCAUUUCUGCCCCGGCCCCAUUCACAAUCUAUACUUAACGCCGCUAAUAGCGGCAGUAUUUUUGCACCUCGCCCGCUACUUCACCCUGGAAUGUCACUGGUGCAUGGAUCUACACCGUCGUCCACUCCUGUAUCCCCUAUGACCUCUGUACCUAAUCCUACUCUUCCGCUCUCUGUCCAGCAAUUAGGAAAACCGUCUCUUCCUGCUCUCCCUCCACUUCCCAUUUCGCUCCAGCAGCUCGGAAAACCCACUCUACCAAUGCCUCCCUCUCUGUCUUUCUCAAUAAGCCACUCUACUGUCCCCUCAGUUCCUACUCCUCUUCUAUCUCUCUCUUCGGUCCAGCAGUCAGGACUACUCUCAUCUCUGGCUCCUAGCUCUUCUUUUAAAUCAGUUGGUUUUGAUCCUUCUGCUCUUGGAGCUGAUGGUGUCUCCAUACCAGGUACUGUCCUUUAUUCCAGUCCCCCUGGUGGGCCCCCUCACCUCACACUCCAGGACCCAAAAGACAAAUCAAACAGCUCAAAAGAUAAGAAAGACAACAAGAAAGGCCGAGCCACUUUCUCUGGCAAUCAAAUAGACGAAUUAGAGAAGGCUUUCGUGUCGACACAAUACCUCACUAACUCUGAGAGAUCCAGGCUAGCAGAACGCCUUGAUCUCUCAGAGAGUCAGGUUAAGAUUUGGUUUCAGAACAGGCGUACUAAAUGUCGGAGAACUGCAUGGAAAUCUGGUAGCGUUACAUCUCCAACCACACCCACUGCCCCUCCCACCGUACUCAGCUCAGACACACAAGUAACUGUUCCUCAAUAGAUUUUUUUCUAUUAAAAAUUAUUAUUAUUAUUAUUAUUAUUGUAAAUUUCGAAGAUAUUUAUAAAGAGAUAGUUUACUUUACCACAA